UCGUUUUUCAAACUAAAACACUGAAAAUCAAUUAAAUGCAUUUUUGUUUUUCUUUGAAUGACCCACAGCCAGGUACCGAUCUAGGGCCCAGUGGUUGGGGGGCACGGAAUUUGCACAAAAUUGAAAACAUUAGGAUAAAUUUGUUGAUAUUGAACUAGAUUUUUUUCCCCACACUCUCUAAUCUCUAAUCUCUAAUCUCUAAUUUAAUGAUCAUCAGGAUCUGUGACAAACGUAGGUGUGGUCAGUUUAGAACGGUAGUUAACCUUGGACCUGAGUACCUGGACAAGACACACACAGAAAGAAAGUGGGAUCAAACAUGUGACCUUCUUCCUGUAAGGCAAGAGUGCUAACCACUCUUCCACUAUGCGGCAAUAAAAAUGACACCUCUUAUUAACUUCACUGUGACUUUAUUUUCAAAAAGGUUUCCAGAACCUCGUCAGAGUCAGAAAUCUCAAACAUGAGAGAUGUGUGAUCCUCUCCUAAAGAAAAAAACUCAGAUGUGUUUACAUUCUUGAAUAAAAAGCUGUGUUUUUUUUCUUUUUCUUUUUCUUUCAGUGAUUACAGUCUGUUGAUGAGACGGUGGAGCUGUAAAGCGGUGUGCGUGCCUGUCGCUGUGAUAUCAAUCGAUGGCAUGUGCGAUUUCCCGGCCGCUGGGAAUAAUGUUCACAGUGAGAGCAAGUGAGGCGCACAGGGCAGGCUACAGGCUGCAGACUACAGGCUCUGUGCAUGCGUGCGUGCGUGCGCCCGUGCGCGCGUCGUGCAGAGUUUAUUGAAAGAGUUCCUCUCUCUCCCUCCGUUCCUCCUCCCCUCUCUUUCCUCCCCCUCCUCCCCGUCCUCCUCCCCCUCCUGCUCUCCCUCCCUGCAGCCCAGGCAGCAGCAGCCUGGGUGGUCCCCCUCUCUCUCCACUUUGGUGAGCUGUUGCUUAGCAGCUAAUAAUAGGCGAUGUUUGCAAAGUAAUUUGCCUCUUCCUUGGCCAAUGGGAGCCGCAGCACUUUUCCAUCAAACCUCCCUUUUCAGGAUUUGCAGAGAGGCGAACUUCUCCAAAUGUUACCGCUGCAGGAUCAGAGUUAGACUUGACACGGACGCCUCAGACGUAGGCUACUACUACUACUACUACUACUACAACUACUACUACUACAAGUACAACUACCACCACUACUCCUCGCUGAGACGUCGUUUCAUGAACUGUCGGGACGAAUGAAGACUGAAGGAUUUUUACGGAUUUCGGCGCAUAAUGUUGGGAUGGAGUUUCGAGACUCGUUUGGCUCCAGGGAAGACUAGAAACCCUUCUCCGGACUUGUCGCCGGCGCUCCUGGAUGCGCUCCUCUUCUAUGUUGGAUUAUUAUCGCCUUUGUUACUAAACUCUCACCGAUUCUCAGCCGCUUUUCUCCGCGCACAGCUCACCCUCUUUGGACCAUGGCCUCGGAUCACGGGGUCCCAGGGGCCGGCGUCUAUGGAGAUUUACCCCCGAGUUAUGCGCGCUCCCAGCCGUCUGCGGACUCAGAUCUGCUCCGCAGACCCAGCUACUGCAACGCCGCGUUCGCACUUAAACAGAUCUCAGAGGGUAAGGCGGUAGGUCAAAAAGCUCCUCUCUGGAUCCGAGCGAGGUUCCAGGCCCUCAUGUUCACGCUGGGCUGCCACAUCCAGAGACACUGUGGAAAGGUUCUCUUUAUUGGACUCUUAGUAUUUGGGGCUCUGUCUGUGGGACUCCGAGUCGCCGCCAUCGAAACCGACAUCGAAAAGCUGUGGGUGGAAGCUGGCAGUCGAGUGACGACGGAGCUCCGUUACACCAGAGAGAAGCAAGGAGAGGAGUCAGUGUUUACCUCACAGAUGCUCAUCCAGACCCCCAAAGAAGAGGGCACCAAUAUUCUCACCCAGGAGGCUUUGCUGGUUCACUUGGAAGCUGCUCUCUCUGCCAGCAAGGUCCACGUGUCACUCUUUGGAAAGUCAUGGGAUCUAAAUAAAAUUUGCUACAAAUCAGGAGUGCCUGUUAUAGAAAAUGUCAUGAUCGAAAGGGUGAGUUGGAAAACAGAUUUUUUUUAUCCCUGUNNNAUAAUCACUCCGUUGGACUGUUUUUGGGAAGGGGCCAAACUACAGGGAGGCUCCGCCUAUUUACCGGGCAUGCCAGACAUUCAGUGGAUGAAUCUAGAUCCAGUCAAGCUGAUGGAGGAAUUAAGUCAGUAUACGUCACUGGAGGGAUUCAAGGAGAUGUUGGACAAAGCUCAGGUGGGCCACGCUUAUAUGAACAGAUCCUGUCUUGAUCCCGCCGAUCCAGACUGCCCUCUCAGUGCACCCAACAAAGACAAAGGAGAUAGUCCUGACAUUGCCAGGCAUCUCCAGGGUGGUUGCCAUGGCUUCAGCCGGAAGUUCAUGCACUGGCAGGAGGACCUGAUCCUUGGUGGUCUGGUCAAAAACAGCCAGGAUAUACUGCUGAGCGCGGAGGCUCUCCAAACCAUGUUCCUGUUGAUGAGCCCUACGCAGCUGUAUGAGCACUUUAAAGACGACUACGAGAUCCAUGACAUCAACUGGAACGAAGAGAAGGCCACUGCUAUCCUCGAGAUGUGGCAGAGGAAAUUUGUGGAGGUGGUCCAUCAGAGUAUUCCCACAAACUCCAGCCAAUCCAUCCACGCUUUUUCCACCACCACCCUCAACGACAUCAUGAAGUCCUUCUCUGACGUCAGCGUCAUCAGGGUGGCCGGAGGAUACCUUCUCAUGCUGGCUUAUGCCUGUGUGACCAUGCUGAGAUGGGACUGUGCCAAGUCCCAGGGGGCCGUGGGGCUGGCCGGGGUGCUGUUGGUGGCGCUGUCAGUGGCUGCAGGACUGGGUCUCUGCUCCCUGAUGGGCUUGUCCUUCAAUGCUGCCACCACACAGGUUCUUCCCUUCCUGGCUCUAGGCAUUGGUGUGGAUGACAUGUUUUUGUUGGCUCACUCCUUCACAGAAGCUGGAAGUAACAUUCCACUCAAGGAGCGAACAGGAGACUGUCUGCGUCGCACCGGCACGAGUGUGGCUCUGACCUCCCUCAACAACAUGAUUGCAUUCUUUAUGGCCGCUCUUGUGCCCAUCCCUGCUUUGCGAGCGUUCUCUUUGCAGGCGGCCAUUGUGGUUGUGUUCAACUUCGCCAUGGUGCUGCUCAUCUUCCCCGCUAUCCUCAGUCUGGACCUCCACCGACGCGAGGACAAGCGUUUGGACGUCCUCUGCUGUCUGUACAGCCCGUGCUCAGACCGCGUCAUCCAGCUGUCUCCCCAAGAACUGUCUGACGCCGGGGAGCAGCCGCAUACGCCCACAACAGCCACCGCACAUGCGCACCAGUACUCUGGAGGGUCCACAAUCACCACCAGUACCCAGAUCACCACCACCGUGCAGGCAUUCACGCAAUGCGACGCUGCGGGUCAACAUAUUGUGACUAUUUUACCACCUACCUCCCAGAUCUCCACCAGCCCACCUUCUAUCAUCCUGCGGCCCACAACCCAAGCUCAAGCGCUCACACCUUCGCCCUCUUCCACCUCAGUGCCUGAUCCUUAUGGCUCCCAGCUCUUCACUCCUACCUCCAGCUCCACACGAGACCUUCUAGCCCAGGUGGAGGACUCUAAAUCAGGGAAGAAGUGCGUCCCGCUCCCUUUCAUGCACUGGAAUCUCUCCACCUUCGCCAGAGAAAAAUAUGCCCCUUUACUCCUGAAGCCAAAAAGCAAAGCUAUAGUGGUGAUCCUCUUCCUGGGCCUGCUGGGCCUCAGUCUGUACGGAACCACAAUGGUGCACGACGGCCUCUACCUGACCGACAUUGUGCCACGGGAUACCAAGGAAUAUGAUUUCAUCGAUGCCCAGUUCAAGUAUUUCUCCUUCUACAACAUGUAUCUGGUUACCAUGGAUGGAUUUGACUACGCCCGCUCGCAGAGGCUGCUGAUCCAGCUGCACAACGCCUUCAACUCUGUAAAAUACGUGGUCAGAGGCAGCGACAACAAACUGCCCCGCAUGUGGCUGCACUACUUCUAUGACUGGCUCAGAGGUCUCCAGGCUUCUUUCGAUGCCGACUGGCAGGCAGGACGGAUUACAGCUGACAGCUAUCGUAACGGCACAGAGGACGGAGCUUUGGCGUACAAGCUCCUCAUCCAGACCGGCUCCAAGAAAGAGCCUUUUAACUACAGCCAGCUGAUCUCUCGCCGACUGAUAGACGCAGAGGGUCUGGUCCCUGCUGAGGUUUUUUACAUUUACCUGACAGUCUGGGUCAGUAAUGAUCCUCUGGGCUACGCUGCCUCCCAGGCAAAUUUCUGCCCUCGUCCCAGAGAGUGGAUUUACGACAAGUAUGACACCACAGGAGAGAAUCUGCGCAUCCCGGCGGCAGAGCCUCUGGAGUUCGCCCAGUUUCCCUUCUACCUCAAUGGUCUUCGUCAGGCGAGUGACUUUGUGGAGGCCAUUGAGAGUGUGCGGGCCAUCUGUGACGAGUUUAGCCGAAAGGGAGUCUUCAACUACCCUAACGGAUACCCAUUCCUGUUCUGGGAGCAGUACAUCGGGCUUAGACAUUGGUUUCUGCUGGCCAUCAGCGUGGUUCUGGCCUGCACUUUCCUGGUCUGUGCCAUUCUCCUGCUCAACCCUUGGACUGCUGGCAUCAUUGUGUUUAUUUUGGGCAUGAUGACGGUGGAGUUGUUUGGAAUCAUGGGUCUGAUUGGCAUCAAGCUGAGUGCCAUCCCUGUGGUCAUUCUGAUUGCCUCUGUGGGCAUUGGAGUGGAGUUCACGGUUCACAUUGCACUGGGCUUCCUGACAGCGAUUGGCAACAGAAACAAGCGCUCGGCGGUGGCUCUGGAGCACAUGUUUGCUCCCGUGGUUGACGGAGCGAUCUCCACGCUGCUGGGUGUGCUCAUGCUGGCAGGAUCUGAGUUUGACUUCAUAGUGAGGUACUUCUUUGCGGUGCUGGUCAUCCUGACUGUGUUGGGGAUACUGAACGGCUUAGUACUCCUGCCCGUCCUCCUCUCCAUGAUGGGGCCUUCAGCUGAGGUCACUCCAGCAAAUAACGCCAGCAGGCUUCCCACGCCGUCCCCUGAACCGCCUCUUCCUCCACCCCUGACCCACCAUGGAUACUACACAGGUCAUCACAACCCACGGUCAACCCGCCAGCAUGCGUUUUCCGAGUCGUCGGACUCCGAGUAUUACUCCGAGGUUACCACCACCUCAGGUAUCGGGGAUGUGGAUUAUAAGUACUGCGACCGCAGCCCGUACAUCACAUCUCACGCUGGUGUUCCAUCUGCUACGUCUCACAUACUACUGGAAGCCAGCAAGAACCCCAGCUACCCUAAGCUCACGGUGGUGAAGCCGUUCAAAGACAACGGGACAGGCGUUGGAGGGAGGAUAGAACCUUCAAAUGAAUCAAACUACAGCGCACCGUCCCAGGUUACCUGCUGGGAUGGAGGCUCACGGGAGCAGCAGCAGCAGCAGCAGCAGCAGCAGGACCUGCAGAGACUCCGGUCUCAGCCCAACCAACAUUUACCCAGUGACAGAGCUCACUUUCCUGGGAGGACUUGUCCAAGCGGCCCCAGGAUUCAGAACAGCAGAGGGCCCCAGGCAAACAGGACUAAAGGGCCAAACUAUAACAAUAGCACCUCCGCCUUGCCAUUGCAGCAGGGCUCGACCGGAGGUGCAGUGACCAUGGUCACGGCCACGGCCUCUGUGACGGUGGCGGUACAUCCAAAUUUGCCCGGAGCGGCGUACGAAGGCUACAUGCAUGAAGGUUUUGACACCGACAGUGAGUCCAACUGUUUUGAGGCUGCUAAGAGGACCUACGGUGAAAAAACAAACUUUUCUUCAUGUAAGAGAACCUCUAUAGAGAUUCAGGACCUGGAGGACAUGCAGUGCCAGACGCAGCAUCAGCUCAGCAAGACACAAGGUGGGUUGAGGAUCCAGAUAGCUAAGGACUGCUAGACCACCCGUCACCCUGUGCCUUCUAACUAUAAACAAAAAACAAAAAAGACCUCUGGCUGCUUCCCAGAGCACCUUGACCCUCACGGGGUGUCACAUCUUCUUGCCUUGAACUCUUUCUUGUGACUGUACAUACAACUUCACAGAGUGGAUUUUAUUUCAAGAGAAAAAAACAAAAAGAGCAAAUGGACUUGUUUUAAGAGUUAUAUGAUAUAAAUCUAUGAGUAUAUAUUUUAAUACUAAAAAAGGAGGGAAGCUAUUUAAGAAGAGUACUGUAUAAAUUGGGUAUACUCUUGUGUAAAAGGUCAGAUGUGAAAGAUUAUUUUUAGGUGAGCGGGGGGCGGGGUUACUUCCCCCCCGUUCUCCUGCCAGUGUAUAGAAUUUUUUUUAAAAGUGCGAUGUUAAUAAGAUAUCAGGCUAUAGAACAGACAUGGUCAGUGUUUUACUUUUUUUUUUUUUUUUGCUGCUACACUUCAAAAGAGUCAUACGUGAUUUGCCUUAAAAUGCAGUAGCCCCUUUGCCCCUCCUCACUCACGUCAGCGCGCUUGGUUUAGACACAGCAGAGUAAACAAAUAUUUUUCCAUGCAGCUGAUGAUGUUUUAUCUGAACGUCAGAGUAACCGUAGUGCCUUCAGUCCAUCGCUCGUCUGCUGUUCAGCAGCGUUCACAGCUCAGUAUUAUGUUCCUGCAUCAGUGUUUUUUCGGAGGUUCGGUCACAGCUGUCCAUCCGUAGGAAGAUUUUUUUCUCAUACAAUUCUCAAGUUCUGGUCAAUGACUAAUAAUCUUCCGUUUCUCGCCGUCAACUCCACUUAGGAUUAAGCUACAUUUAUCUUCAUUUUUUUUAUAUUUAGAAAGGGAAUCAUUUUAAUACAAUGCAACAUUUUCUGUUCUCUGGUUGUUUCCAGGGGUGGUGACACAUUCAAGCUUGUGUACAUCCCUCUGCUAACCAUUUGGUCCUACUGCUCUGUCCUACUUCCUGUCCGUACAAACCUCAAUAAUAUUUAGGCAUCUAUUAUCCAUAUCUCUCGAUUGGAGUUCCUCUUUAUCGUUCAGUAUUGGUCUCAUCACUGCCAGGUUAAAAUGCAGGGAAAACAUUUUGCCAAUCUUUUUUUUUUCUUUUUAUCAUUUCAUUUUUUAAGUGGCAGCUUUGGUUUUCUUCUGUAAAUAUGAAAGAGAGCAGUUCAGCCGCUUCUUUGCAUUUGUGAAUAACAAGGGCGGGCGAGGCAAAGCACUAUUUACGGUCAGGUGACUGCUCGCAGGUGUCAGACGGAGCGGAGGGGUCGAGGGGGGAGCAUUAGUUUGUAGUUUAUUUCAAAAAAAUUGUUAAUGUCAUGCCAUAUAAAUUAUUUAUAUUAAAAUUUUAUUUUUGUAGUUUGUACAGAUGUUAGUAUCUAGACUGAAGUUAUAUUUUUAAAGAGUAAAUAUAUAUUAUAUAUAAAUAUAUCUAUUUGUUGCUGAGUUUGUUGUUUUUGUUUGGGGUUUUUUUGGGGGGGGACUAUGGGAGGGAGGUAGGGCAUGGCAACACUUUAGAGCAAAAGGCCGUUUUUAUUUUGUUUUUGGAGCAAAGAGUUGAGGAACCGUGAAGGAGAAGGUGUGUAGGAAUGUGUCACCUGGUUUUAAAGUUUCCUCUCAGCCCUUCCUUCUUCAUUAUCAUUGUUUUUUUUUUUGUUUUUGUUUUUGUUUUUUUGUUCUUGUCCAUGUCUAAAACACUGUGACUUUUGAAAUCUAUGCUCAAGAAAACCAUCGUGUGACUGUUUUGUUCCCUCACCUGAUAUAGAAAAUUAACUAACAAAAUAAAUUGAAUGAAAAGUGA